AUGACAUGCAAUGAAGUGUUGCUACCGAUGACACUAAAUUUGGUUGCACCUCCAAACAGACAUUGGAGAAUUAGCAAUGAAGCUGUUUCAUUAGGCCAUUCGGUAGUAUCUGGUUUCUGGGCACUUUAUGCAAUUAUUGUUUAUCCAAAAUUAAUAGAAGAUAUGGUAAAUUAUACAAAUACUAUGGCUCAUUAUCUGUUGAUAGUUUCAACAGGCUAUCUGAUACAUGACCUUAUUGAUUUGCUUAUCAACGAACAGUCGUUACGGAUCAUUGAACUACUCUUCCAUCAUGUCAUCGUUCUCAUUGCGUUUGGUACCAACUACGCUACCAAUAAGUUUUUAGGGGUAGUUGUUUGUGGACUUUUGAUGGAACUUAAUAGCAUUUUCCUGCAUUCACGUUCCAUGUUGAAUCUCUAUCGAGUUGACAAAUCUUCGACGCCAUUUCGUAUCAUUGCUCUGUUGAAUAUUGUUACAUUUAUUAUAUUUCGCAUGGCUGUUAGUACUUAUUUGUUGUACUGGCAAAUUACUACGGCCUGGAAAAUGGUAUGGUAUCUCAUACUGAUCACAUUUAUUGUCAUCGUUUCACUUGCUAUCACUAAUAUCGUCCUCCUCUAUAGGGUUCUGGCUGCUGAUGGAUUGUUAGGUAAGAAACGACAACGCGAGGUACCAACAAAUCCGGUGCAAGUUGUGGCACAAGCUGCAAGGGCAAGUAAUGAUCGACUUCGUGAUGAGGAUGAGAUUGAAGUUAUUGCUUGAGGAAGUUGUGAGUUCUUUCUGAAUGGAUUAUAUUAAGUAAUUCUCAUUUUGCUGUCCGGUUACUUUAUCUGUUUUAGACAGUAACUUAUUUGUGUUGAUUAUCGCUAAAGUUCAGCUUUGAUAGUAAAAUUUUCAGGUGUAAAACUUUCAGCAAGAUAGUGCAAUUUUUGUGAUAUCAAUCAUUUUGUCGUACUCAUUAUUUUUAUACCUAUGAAGC